GCCAUCGCUCUACCUGCAUUUUUGUAUCAUGGAAGAUGAUUCGUCAUGGGAAGCUCUUCCAAUUGAGCGCAUCAGAGUUCCUGCAUUCAACUUUCGAGUUAUUUCAGAGGCUAGCAAUGGAGAAAAUGAGCUGCCAGUUUCAUUGGAUGCUGUUGUUCCUGGUGAUAUUCUUGAGAAAAUUUUCACCUUCUUGCCAAUAGCAAGCAUGAUAAGGUCAACAGCAGUGUGCAAGAGAUGGCAUGAUAUUAUCUACUCAAGCCGGUAUCUUUGGACCCACAUGUUGCCUCAGAGGCCCUGGUACUUCAUGUUCACCUGUAACGAGACUGCUUCUGGAUAUGCUUAUGACCCCAUCCUCCAUAAAUGGUAUGAUUUAGAGCUUCAAGGCAUUGACAAGAGCAGCUGUUUCGUCUCUUCUUCUUGUGGGCUAGUUUGCUUCAUGGAUAAUGACAACAGAAACAUCAUUUCUGUAUCUAACCCUAUUACAAAAGAUUGGAAGAGGCUGUUGGAGCCCCCAGGUGCAAAGUUUCCAGAUUACAGCACUGUUGCCAUAAAAGUAGAUCAGGUGACUCACAAUUACACUGUUACAUUGGCAAAAUCGAAGCAGGUACCUGAGGAUUAUGUCCAAUGGGAGUUCUCUUUAUACAGGUACGACUCAUGGAGUAGUUCAUGGGUAACUGCAGUGAAGGAGGUGUUCAUUGGUUGGAGAGGGGGUGACGAUAGUGUGAUCUGUGGUGGAGUCUUGUACUGUUUGAUCCAGUCCACUGGUGUUCUUGGCAACGUUGAGCCCCGUCACAGACUUAUCAUGUAUGACCUUGUUGCCGGACCUUCUGAAACUUCAUUAACGCAAUCAUCAAUCCCAGUGCCGUGUUCUCUCACGUGUGGGCGGCUACUAAACCUGAGAGAGAAGCUGGUAAUGGUCGGCGGGAUAGCAAAGCCCAAUAGACCUGAUAUCAUCAAGGGAAUCGGUAUAUGGGAGCUUGACAGGACACAAUGGCAAGAGGUGAGUCGAAUGCCUCACAAAUUCUUCCAAGGAUUUGGCGAGUUAGAUGAUGUAUUUUGUAGCGGGGGCGCCGACCACCUUGUCUACAUCCAAAGCUAUGGUGCAACUGCUUUGCUUGGAUUUGACAUGAAGCAGAGGCAAUGGAAGUGGUCGGCAAAAUGCCCUGUGAGCAAAAAGUUUCCUCUCCAGCUGUUCACUGGCUUUUGCUUUGAGCCUCGGCUGGAUAUUACCACCUAAUUUGCAUCGGUCUGUACCUUUGACUUGCCCGCAAUCAACAAAAACCAGUGAUCCUCGUCUUGUGGAAGAUGAAUGAUACACUCUCUACCUCUAUUUAAUUUAUUUUUCCAUGAUUGAUGCAGUUGUCUGUUGUUAAGAGACUAAUAUUUUGGAAUGCAGUGUUCCGUGAAUCA